AUUAUCGAAUCGACAGUGCUCGCGCCUAGUGCUUUGCGGUGAAUUAAAAAAAAGUUUUAAAAACAGAAUACAGUGAAUAUUUGAACAUGAAUGGUGAAGUGUAGUAAUAUUAAUUGCAGUUAAAUACUGAGACUUUUUUUUCAAAAUGGCAAAAGCGACUGUUUUGUUUCGGCAAUGCAUUACCCCUCGUCAGUGCCGUUCUGUCAGUACGACCUCACCCCGUCGCACUUCAACGUCGCCUCAACGUCGCUCUGCCGCUGCGCCGUCGCCAGCGUCGACAUCGCUCAAACCCUUCAGCGAGAUCCCUGGGCCGCUAGCGCUGCCUAUGUUGAGGCAUUCUGCACAUGUUUUACCUAGGAUAGGUAACUUCCACCACACGGUCGGCCUAGGCCUGCUUGAAGGCCUCCAGUCCCGCUACGGAGACCUUGUGCGCCUAGCGAAGGCCUCUCGCACCCGCCCAGUGCUGUACGUGUUCCACCCCGAGCUGAUGAGAGAGGUGUACGAGAGCUGUACAACGGAGCCGCCUCAGUGGGCGCGAUCUCCACUCCUAGCACACCGAACUUCUAAGGGCUGUCCGUUCCACGGUGACGAAACUAAAGCGAUCUGGGCGUCCAUAGGAGCACUCCUAGAAGACCCAGCUCUUUUGAAAAACUUCGAAAAAGCUUUCGAUGACAUCGCAGUAGACGCUACGAGGAGAUUCGGAGAGCUAAGGAAAGCUGAGAACGCGCUGAACGAGGAAUUAGAAACUGAGGUGUGUCGCUGGGCACUGGAGACUCUAGGCAUGGCGGCGUUGGGCACUAGACUUGGCUGCCUCGCCGGUCCUGCCCAUGUACCCACUUCAGAAAACAGAAAGCCAGAAAAAACCUCAAUGGACGACGAGAUCCCAGACCUCUGCUCGCUGUCGAAGCGUUGCCCCAACGGUCUCACUCCCGCAGAAGCGCUGGUCCGGUGUACGAGGGAGAUAUCUGAUGCAGGCUACUUGGUGCGGAGCGAACAUACCCUCAAGACCGAGUCGAAGACGUUUAACAACGCGCUGAAGGCGCUGGAUAAGCAUUACAGCCUUACAGAGCACUUCCUCCUGCAAGCCAUGUCGGAGCUGAACAGCACAGACCCUAAGCCAGAACAGGUCCUUCUGAACAAACUGGCCCCCCUGAAGCAGAGGAUACUACCACUCGUCGCUGAUGUGCUAUUGGCUGGAGUUAAUCCUCUGGCUCAAUCGGCCCUAGCUAUGCUCUACCACCUGUCCCUCAACCCCGCGCGACAGCAACGCGCCCAUGAUGAGAUAUGCUGGUCCGCAGCUUCUCAUGCAGCUGGUGCUGGGGUCCAGGAGUUACCUUACCUAGCAGCGUGUGCCAGGGAGGCCUUGAGGCUACAUCCAGCUACGGGAGGCGUGGUGCGGAGGAGUACGGAGGCUAUCAGUGUUGGUGGAUACGAAGUGCCUGCUGGGGUCGACAUAGUCCUCGCGCACGGAGUGACAAGCAAAUCUGAGAAGCAGUGGGGCAGAGCCAAGGCCUUCAUCCCCGAGCGCUGGUGCAGCGAGGGCUGGGAGCCUCUCAGGGCCUCCCGGGCCCAUCCCCUGGCCUCCCUCCCCUUCGGUACCAGGUGCCCGGCCUCUGGCAUCGCUGGGCAUGUACUGGCCAGUCUAGCUACCAGGGUUAUGGAGAGGUAUAGGCUGGAAUGGCACGGGCCGGCGGCGAAUAUGGUGACUACGGGAGUGAAUAAAGUGCAGGCGCCGUAUUAUUUUGUAUUGCAGGAUGCGCAUUAGGUUAGCGCCCGCGCCUGUAGCAUUUAUAUUAUAAGCAAACCCUGAUUCGGGCAGUGAAAUUGAAUUACCUACAAACUUAUUGAUAGGUAAGUACCUACAUAUUUUAAUUUUGA